AUGAAUAACAGCGCAAUUGACCAAUGUGAAAUUUUAGAUAAGGCUAUGAACCAUUUCUGGAAUUUUAACCUUUCAGAGAGCGAAAAUAUUUUAUUACCACAUAUUCCAAAAUUACCAUUAUUUUCAUUAUUAUAUGCAGAUAUUGCAUUCGUCAAAUCAGUAUUAACAGAAACUAAAGAGGAUUAUGAAGAGGCUAGAAACAGAAUUAGCCAAUGUAAGAAAUUAUCAAGAGGUCUUCAAUUAUCACAAAAGCCAUUAUAUAUUCAACAAGAAAAAGACGAAAAAAAGACUGGUAGUGGAGCUAAUGGUGCAGCAGCAACUCAAUCACAAGUUACCAAAGCUGAAUAUUUAAUUUCAAAAUUAAUUUAUGCCGAAACUAUGGUUAUGAAAGGUGUUAUCGAAUUUAAAGCACAAAAUAACAUUAAAGCAUGUGUUAAUCUUAGAAAUAGUUGGAAACAGUAUUAUCAAGCUUUUGAUAUCAUCAAAGAACUCCCAUCAACAUUCCCAAUUUAUAAUCAUUUAGUUUCAUUAGCUUACUAUGGUGUUGGUAUUUUUCAUUUCUUAGUAUCUGUAGUUCCACCACAAUACAUGUGGUUAAUCGAGGGUAUUGGUUUCAAAGGUAACAGAAUGGAGGGCCUUAAAGAAAUUAAACAAUCUUCUGAAUCACCAAAUGGAAUCAGAUCAAAUAUGUCAAAGGUUACCCUUGUUCUUCUUCAUGUUUUCUUUUUUGAAGAUUACAAAUCUGCUGAACCAUUAAUCGAAUCUCUUACUCAACAAUAUCCAAAUGGUGCAUUAAUUCAUUAUCUUAGUGGUGCUAUUCUUCGUAAACAGGGUAAAGUUCAACAAAGUACAGUUAGUUAUGCUAAAGCUUGCGAAACAUCAUCACAACUCAAACAAUUACAAUUAUUCAUCGAGUCUGAAUUGGGUUAUAACGAAUUUUUAAAUCUCAAAUGGGAUACUGCCGAAACUUAUCUUUCCAAAUUCUUAUCAGAAACUACUUCAUCAGGCUUCAAAGCCUUUAUUGCUUAUCAAUUGGCUCUUUGUUACGAAAUGCAAGGUAAAAAUGAUCAAGCUACAGAAACUAUGAAAACAAUUCCAUCAUAUGUCAGAAAAGGUUUUGAUUUCGAUGAAUUCUCUGGUAGAAAAUCUUCAAAAUUCUUAAAACAAAAAGGUUAUCGUAAUCCAGAUAAAGCUUAUUUAAUUGCAUCUCUUUUAAAUGAAGCUCACCAAUUUGAAGAAAGUAUUAAGGUUUUAGAAGAAUCUUUAUCAAAAAAUAAAUCAGAAAUGACAAACGAUGAUAUUGCUUCACAUCAAUAUCUAUUGGGUUCAAAUUAUCAAAUGGUUGGUAAAAAAGAAGAAGCUAAAAAAUUAUAUUUGAAUGCUCUUUCAUACGAGAAGUUAUUAGCAAUUGAUUACUUUGUUAUUCCAUAUUCAAAUGCUGGCUUAGCAGAAAUUAGUUUUGCAGAAAAUAAAAAACCAGAUUGUAAAAAUUAUAUUAAAAAAGCAAAAGGUUAUACUUCAAAUCAAUAUGAUUUCCCAUCGGUUUUAGAUUGGCGUAUAAGAAAAGUUGCUCAACAAAUUGGCGAAUAUUAA